AUGUAUCAACACUUGAACACGUGCCAACCACACCUUAGUAUAUCAGUCUCAGGGCAUCCGGAUCAGUGCAACCAGACCAAGACAAUGAAGUGCUUCAUCUACCCAAUCCUCUUCCCCCUCCUCCUCAUCCUAGCAAACGCCCUCGACCCGCCCCUCCAAACCCUCCCCUACAGCAACCUAACCCUCCUCGGUGCCCACGACUCCCCCUUCAUCGGCCCACACCUGACGCAGAACCAAAACCUCAACGUAACCGCCCAACUCGACCUAGGCAUCCGCUUCCUGCAGGGCCAAGCACACCGUGCUCCCGAUGACGAGAACAGAUUGCAGUUGUGCCAUACGAACUGUGUGUUGGAGGAUGGGGGGUCGUUGGUAGAUUUUUUGAGGAUUGUGGGGGGUUGGUUGGAGGGGAAUCCGGGGGAGGUUGUGACGUUGUUGUUGACGAAUGGGGAUCGGGUUGGGGUUGAGAUGUUUGGGGGUGUUUUUGGGGAGGCCGGGUUGGAUGGGUUGGUUUUUGUUCCUGGGGGUAGUGGGGGUGGGAAUGGGGUGUUGCCGAUGAAUGAGUGGCCGUCUGUGCAGGAGAUGGUUGAUAUGGGGAAGAGAUUGGUUGUUUUCCUAGACUACGGCGCAAACCCAUCCAGCAUACCCUACAUCCUCGACGAAUUCGCCUACUUCUUCGAAACCCCCUUCGGCGAAACAAACCCGUCCUUCCCCAACUGCUCCAUCGACCGACCCCCCGGCGCCACUGCAGACAACCGUAUGUACAUCGUCAACCACUUCCUCAACGUGGAGAUCCUGGGCAUCAAGGUACCAGAUCGGAUCCGUGCGGCGAGGACGAAUGCUGUGCAUGGGAAUGGGAGUAUUGGGGCGCAGGCGGAGUUGUGUGAGGGUUUGCAUGGGAGGGGGCCGAAUGUGGUGUUGGUGGAUUUUGUGGAUCAGGGGGAGGUUAUUGAGGCGCAGAGGGUGUUGAAUGGGUUAUAA